AUGGUGCCCUUUGCACCAGUGCACCAUACCCAUUUCAACAUGGUUGCCGUGGCCUCGGUCGCGGAAACGGAAGAACAGGAUGCCGCUUGGUCGAGGGUUAAGCAGUUCGAGGCAAGGCGUCACUUGAAUGACGACAACAAGUCAGAAUAUUGCGUGGAGCCGCUGGCUCCGUUCCAUGCUCAGGGAGACAGUUACGCUGCUAGUGUAUGA